GAUUGUUAGUGUCGAAUACGUCGCUUGUACGCGUUGUUGCCAUUGCGCUUUAGAGCAAAAUUUCCUUAAAUAAGUACGGCAUUUAAAUUUUUACUCGGUCACACGCCUGUAUGCAUGUGUAUGUGCUGCGAUGCGUGCGUGCGUGCGUGUUUUGCGUGCAUUCUAAUGCGUGAGUGCAGUCAAGUGUGGAUUUGUUGAUGUGUGUGAGUUUGGCAGAAAUGAUUAAUUUAAUUACUAUUAUUUAAAAAAAAUUACAAUCAAUUACAAUUGAUUACAAGUAAUUACAAUAAAUUACCAGUAAUUAAAACUAUUAAUUGUUAAGUGUGAGGAAAACUUUAAAACGAAAGUGUUAAAUAUUGUCGUGCAAGCGUUGCAAUUAAAAGUGUCGCGUUCUAUUUCCGUAAAUAACACAGUUUCGACCUCCCCACUUAUUAGCAACUGCAGUGGAGAGUAAAAUUUCACACAUUACCAAGUGCUGUCGAACACACUCGCAUACAAAUAAAGCAAAGUGAGCACAAGUGCAUAAUAGAAAAGCGUAUUUUCGUUGAGAUUUCGUGUUGCGCCGCGUUUUAUUAGCCCACAACUGCUUACAUACUUACAUGCAUACGUAAUAGCAACAAUUGUACAAUCAAAUUAACGCUCUAACACAUUAUCCGGACACACGCACAUAGCCACAGCAGAGUGUUAAUGUUUGUACCGCGUGUGUUACAGGGCGGAUGAGUGCUCCAGUUCCACCAAACAGAUAUUUCUGAUUUAGCGCACAAACGCAGACCUACUAACACACAUAGCCAAAGAUAGACAUCGUUAUACAUAUACAUAUAUACAGUAAAUACAAGUAGCUGCUGGUGCGCCAAGCGAAAUUGUUGCUAAACGCGCGCGCGUGUGUGUGUGUGUGCGUAGUGCAGUGAAUUUUUCAUGAGCCAACGAAAUUUGUGUUGCUGAUUUAACACAGCCACAACAACACAGGAAAACAAAAAAAUAAAAACGCCAAAAGCCAAAAAAAUAACAAUAACAAAAAAGAAGAAUAAGUCAAAAACUACAACAAAAACAAGUAAAAGAAGAAUAAGUAGAGUUUCUAUUUCUCUGCUAUUUUGUGUGCAAAAUAUUCGCUGUUUCUCCUUUUGCUACUUGCCUUGUUGGUACUGACGCUGGCGCUGCGCUGACUUGGCACGCAUAUUUUUACAGUUUACGCCAUAAUUCAAUUCGUUUUUCAUUUUCGCAAACUCAUUCAAGCGCUUUUUAAGGAUACUCGCGCGGCUUCAGGCGGCAAGCUUAGCAUACUGAAUGGCGCGCAGUCAGCGUUAGUACGCACUAACACUUAGUCAAGAGGCUAGCUUGCAUGUGCGUUUUUGUUUGUUUUGUUGUUGUAAUUUGUGUGCAUAGCGUGUAAAUUAAAUUAUUUACAGUUGGCGUACGCUGACGUGCUGUAAUUUAUGCGAAAUAGCACCAAAGCGCCUAAAUGUAGGCAACACUGCAAUACAAAUAAUUCACAGCAAGUCGACGCUGCGGCAAGCGUCUUUCCACAAGCAGUGUUUUACACUCGUGAAAGCAAUUUCAACAAAAUAAAAAUAAAUAAAUAAAAUUUAGCAGUAAAAACAACAAAAACAAAAUUAAAAUUUUGCAGUAAAAACAAAAAAUAAAAUUUAAAAGUAAAACAACAAUAACAAAAAUAAAAUUUGAAGUGAAAAAACAACAAAAAAAUUUUACUUAAAAUUAAAAAGUAUCAUCCCAACAAGUGCUUGCCACCAGCGACUGCAACUUUCAUUUGCUGCCACUGACAAAACAUAGCCAGCCAUAUCCCCAAAUGAAGUGACAAAAGAAAUUGCUGCAGAAGUUCUGAAACAAGUGCGAACACAGCAAAACAAGAAUAAAAUAAACAAAACAAAAAACAAAGAAAAAAAGAAUUUAGUGUAAAAGUGAGAACACAGUGUAAACGCUAAACAACAGGUGAACUUUGCAACUUAAAUAUUAACCUGCGUCUCCGAGGAAAAUUUCAUGAGCACUACAUACUUGCAACCGACACAAAAGCUGCUGAACUGAUAUGCUUUACAACCAGAUCAAAUUGAACUAGUCGCGAAAGUGUUAUCAACAGCUGUUUAAAGGUGAGAGUCACAUUACCAUUAAGAGAGAAAGCCCACACAAUCACCCACUAACACACGCUUACAUUGGCUUAAUUAUAGUGAGUGUGGAUUGUAUGAGAGUACCCACACAUAAGCACACUCACACAUAUGCAGAAAAUCUGUGUGUGUGAGCGCUUAACUGUAAAGUCAUGCGGCUGCUACCUUUCGCUUGCGGCAGCGUCGGAUAUAUCAAGGACUAAGAUUAACGCAGAGAACACUUGAGAGCAUUGCUAAGCGGGUCGACUACUCCGCCAAAUUCGACGUCGAGCGCAACAAGAGGGCUACUUUCCAUAAAAGUUUCAGACAAACUGCCAAUAAAGUGGAACUUUUUUCCUUCAGCACACAAAACACACACACAGUUACAUGCACACGGACACAGAUACACAGUGAAUACACAGUGAAUCAAAUCACUUACUCAGACUACUCUACUGGUUAUAGUUGAUCAAUCGUUGAAUACUUUGUGGCAAGUGAAUGCAAGUUGAAGAAGAAGAAUAAGAAAGGAAAAGAAUUUGCAGAAAUCGUGCAACAUUUGAAGUAAUUAAAAUUUAGUUCCAAAAGUAAAAUCGACAAAGUGCACCCAAAAAGAAAGCGAAAAAGAGAAAAAAAGUGACGAAAGUUUACAUUUGCAAUAACAACAACUACAACAGCAACUAAUCGAUAAUCGAAAAGUAAGUUAGAGAAAAAUAGCAAAUAAAGAAAAGUGCAAAACCAAGUUGCAACAAAGGGCGCGUGCAUGCAACAUUCCGGCCGCAUGUGGCAGCGGCAGCGGCUCUGCUGUGGCACAGUGCAAUCGAAUAAUUAAUUCAAUGCACUUAAAAUUGCAGUUUUCAACUUGAGAAACGACGAGAAAAUCGCAUUUAGCCCAAAACUACAGAUAUACUGCAACAAUAACAACAACUACAACAAAAAGAACACAAAUAAUAAUCACAGUGAACGAGUGGCGAUACAAAACUAAACUAAACUAAAAGUGAAAUAAAAAAAAAGCAAAAACAAAUUAAGCGAAAGAAAAAAACCGAGAGUUGAGAAUAGAUAAGCAGCCGAGAGUAGCGAAAAGCGUGGCAAAGUUAGCGUGACAAAGUUUCAUUUGUCGGCAAAUUGAAGCGGCGUGCAGCCUGCUCGACAGCAAGUGAGCGCCAAGUGCGGCCGAGAGGGGCUGAGGGGUGAGUGAGCCAGCGACCGCCUGCUGUGUGAACAACAAAAAUGACGUGCGCCGCUCAUAGACUAAAUGGCAUAAAUUCACAAAUACAAAAACAAGAACAAAAACAACAACAAAGAGUAGGACAUCUGGCAGCAUCCAUCAGCGGUUGCAACAACGACAGCGGCAACGGCAGCGAAAAAUACGCAAAAGUGAAAAGUUGCAAAUUGAUGUCGACGCAACAGCGUGCCACACGCGCACACGCCAUACCCCACCACGGCCAACACCAGCAGCAGCAGCAACAACCACAACAAAAACAAAUACAGCAGCAACAAGAGUUGCGCGCAGCUGACAUAAAUUGUAACGGUGUUGGUGGCUGCAACACCGACGAAUUACUUGCAGCACAAGCAGAACAGAAGCAACAACAAAAACCAACACACAACUCCACCACCUCCAAAAUGUAUGACAGCAACAACUUGCAACACUCGCUAGAAGAAGUGGAAAAGCGCAAGGCAGUCACCAAAAGCGUCGCUACCAUCACCACCACCACCACGACCACUUUUACCACAAAUGUAAAUAGCGUCCAAUCACGGCGGCAUCAGUUGCAACGGCAUCAACAGCUCACUCUGGUGUGCAUGCCGUUAGGUGAGCGCAAUAGUUGCAGUAAAAUUAGCAGCAACAACAUCACAGCAACACGAAUGCAUAACGGUUGCAGCAACAACAGCAGACAGCAUCAGCGGCAGCUAAUGCAACAACAACCGAAAUCCUUCGCCGGUUACACACGCCUCUUCAGCGUCCUGUUGCUGUUCGCCCUGCAGCAUGUUCCAAGCGUGUUGGCGUCAAGUAAUUUGAUGAACAAGCAUGAGCCGAUGUUCAUUUCACGUUCGGAGACAUUCAAAUUUGUUGCUGGGGACACAAUAAGAUUGCCAUGCGAAGUUGCCAAUACAGAUCCUUAUGUGGUUGCAUGGAAGCGUGGCAUCGCCAUACUCACCGCCGGCAAUGUGAAGGUAACACCGGAUCCACGUGUGUCGCGCGCCGAGCGAUUCAACUUACAGAUACGUGACGCAGUGCCACAGGAUGCCGGCGACUACAUCUGCCAGAUCGCCACAAUGGAGCCGCGCGAAAUUACGCACACAGUCGAGAUCUUGGUGCCACCAAGGAUCCAUCACAUUAGCACCGGCGGACAUUUGCAAGUCAAAAAGGGCUCGUCGGUGCGUAUUGAGUGCUCGGCCUCCGGUAAUCCGACGCCGAACGUAACUUGGAGUCGUAAGAAUAAUAUUUUGCCCAACGGCGAGGAGAAGCUGCACUCGCACAUCCUGUCGAUCGAGAACGUGGACCGGCACAAGGGCGGCGUCUACAUUUGUACAGCCAACAACGGCGUCGGUCAACCGGCAUCCAGUCAAGUCGUCCUGCAUGUCCUAUAUCCACCAGAAAUAUCCGUUGAACGUCCUAUAGUCUUCUCCGGCGAAGGACACGAGGCAAUGCUGGUCUGCAUAGUCCAUGGGGAAACACAACCUGAGGUGCUUUGGUUCAAGGACACCAUGCAACUGGACACCACCGAACGUCACAUCAUGGAGAAUCGCGGCUCACGUCACACGCUGAUUAUACGGAAAGUACAUCCUCAGGACUUUGGUAAUUAUUCUUGUGUGGCCGAGAAUCAGCUGGGUAAAGCACGGAAAACUUUGCAACUGAGCGGGAAACCAAACAUUGCCGUCUUCAAUUCGCCGCCAGUCAGUCAGUAUAAGGACAGAUACAACAUUUCUUGGACCGUGGACUCACACACACCCAUCGAAGAGUACAAGCUGUCCUUCCGAAGGUUGCCGCAAGGACACGAGGUCGAUAACUCCAUCGAUACGCACACCGGCUCGUCAUCCUCCUCGACGCUGCUGCAGAUGUAUGGCGGUGGCGGUGGCGGCGGAGUCGGUGGUGGCAGCAUGGGCGGCGGCUUGCUUGGCAGCCAGCACAAUCAUCGUCUUGGCAGCGGUUUGGGCGCCGGUCUCAGCAGCUACGGCAAUGUGAUGCACUGGGGUCGUAACGAUUGGCGCGAUGUGGUGCUCGCUGCGAUGCCAUUGUCACAUCAUUACACCCAGGGGAUGAGUUAUAUGAUACGCGGACUCGAUCCGGACCAGCACUACGAGGCCACUGUGCAAGCAAGGAAUCGUUAUGGUUGGAGUGACUUGACGCACAGCUUCCUCUUCUCGACAUCUUCGAAUGAUGGACUUAUUGAUCUAUCAUCUUUUCUAAAUCACGGUUCGUCAGACAAUGAGAUGCGGGACCUGAGUGUCACAUUCUAUGGCAGCGGUGCCACACACAAACUGCGCUUGAGCCUCACCACGCUCUCAGUUGUGACACUCAUGCUGGUGAAAGUCAACAAAAGCUUUUGGGUCUAAACACUGCUUUAAAGACCGGUGAAGUGAGAAAAAUGAGUUGGAAUUUUACAAAAUCCCUAAUUAUUGGGGCUAAAGUUGAUAUUAUGCAAUCAGAUUACUUUUAUAACUGUAAAACUAAAGCAGAAAUAGAGAGUAAAAGAGAGAUGGAAAGGAAGAAAAAGUUGGGCAGUGUUGCAGAAACAGAAAAAGCAAGAGAUCUAAUUGUAGAAAGACAAAAUGUGAGCGAUGGUAUAUAGGGUAUGUGUUUAAAAUUAAGCUAAAAAUUUUAUAACUGUAAACAUAAAUUUUUAUUUAACCGAAAUUUAUGAUAAGCUUAGAUUUGUGAUGAACUGAUUUCUAUUCAUAAAGUAUUAGCUUAUGGUUGGCAAUAAGCAGAUCUUAUUUUUUAUGUUAGUUGAUUGGAAAGUUUUACAAAAAUAUUUAAUUGAAGCUGUGGGAGUUUUGAAAUUAAUUACGAAAUUUUUUUUUUGAAAAUUUUGCUUGCACUUCGUAAGAAAGUUUAAUGUAAAAAACAAAGGUGAAAUUAAUGCAAAAGCGCUGAUUGAAGGAUCGUUUAAAGGAUCGAUGCGAAAAAGACAGAACCUCAAUUGUAAAUAGUAAAGUAAUUUUUACUCAUAAACCUAGGUUAAUUAUAAUAAAAAAUUAUUAAUAAAAAAAUAUACAUUAGAAAAUAAAAGAAAUUAAAAUAAACAAAAAAUCAUUAAUAAAAAAUAUGCAUUAGAAAAUAAAAAAAAUCAAAAUAAAUAAAAAUAUUGUCACCAUCAGACCGACAACCAAUGUCAAGCUGACGGUUAAGAGGCAGUGAAAAGAGCAGAGAGCAAAAACCAGCGCGUGUAUAUGAAAGAUUAUAGGCUGAUGUGCGUGGCAGCGCUAUCAAACACAAGCGCUAGAAGCGAGUAUCACUCACACACAGCCAAGCAAAAUGUUAUUUCAAUAUUCAACUCUAGUACGUAAUGAAAUAGUGAAUAAUAAAAUGCAUAUUGGUGAGUAAAUGAAGAACUUAGUAAAAAUUUAAACUAAUUUAUUGUUAGCGGAAAUUAUGCAAAAUGUAAUAAUAUUAAAAAAUAUUAAGCAGAAUAUUAAUAAAAUAUGUACGUGCUAAUGCGCUCUUAUACAUAUGUACAUAUAGACACGUAUAUGUUUAACAUAGGUAUAUACAUAUAACACACACACACAAAUAUACUCAAUUGAAUUCAACAAUCGCACAUUGAAGUAUUAAAAUUUAGUAAAAAUUAAGUUUGGCAACUCUGUGUCGUCGUUUUUGUGUAAUCUAGUGCAAAUGUUGCCACACAACUACAAAUUAAAUAAUACUUAGUAGCAACUUAAUGCGAUGCAAGCGCUGCUAAUAUUAGCUAUGAUGAGCUGAUAUUAUUAUAUAUAAUGAAAAUAAAAUAACAAUUGCUUGCGGCCAUGCAUACAUACAUACAAACAUAGAGAAUUUUUAAGCUUUUUGCUAUUUUAAUAAUAAGCGGUUAAGUAACAUGUAUGCGUAAUUAAUUUUAAAGUGUAAUAUUAGAAACAUAAAAGGGUGACAUUCUUGUAAAACCUUUCUAUCGUAUGUAUGUAUUUUUUUUUUUUUUUUGUAAAAA